GUCCUAAUUCUCCAGUAGAUAAAUAGCAGAGACAAGCCCAGCCUGUCAUUACUUCUCAGAGCAACAACGAGAAGAAAACAGAAAUCUUCUGAAAGGAUCUGCACCUAUUGCUGACCAGCUUGAAUGAAAAUGUAUCUGAAGACCAUCACAGUUACUCUGGCAAUCAUUGCCAUCACAGGUUCCCAGGCUGAACUUAAUGCUCAACAGCUGGCUGACAACCUCUGGAAUUACUUCACACAAAGUGUCACUAAUGCCAAGAGUACCAUUGACCAAAUCCAGGGAAAUGAACUCAGCCAGCAGAUCAACAGCCUGAUCAAGGAAAACCUUCAGAAUAUGAAUGACUAUGCUGCCAGCCUUCAGCAAACCUUGAUCCCUGUUGCCACACAGCUACAUCAGAGACUUACCCAGGACUCUGCAAAGCUGAAGGAACAAAUACAUAAAGAGUUAGAGGAACUCAGGAAAACAAUUUCACCUUAUGCAGGUGACAUUAAUGAGAAGAUAAGUAAAAAUAUUGAGACAAUGCGCCAGCAGCUAACUCCAUAUGCUGAGCAGUUCCAGGACCAGAUCACUCAGAAUGCUAAGGAACUUCAAAAGCAGCUGACUCCUUACGCUGAAGAAUUUAAAGCCAAGUUGCAGGACAACAUGGACAACCUUCAAGGUAUCACGAUGCCUUAUGUUACAGAACUCAAUGAACAAAUCAACAAGCACUUUGAACUUACCAAGGAGAAAAUGACCCCUUAUGUUGAUGACUUGAAGGCCAAGGUAGACAAGAAUGUUGAAGUCCUCCGUCAGAAUCUGGCUCCAUAUGCUGAAGAUGCCAAAGAAAAGCUCAACCAGCAGAUUAAUGAGUUGUCCCAAAAAAUGGCAAUAACUGUUGAACAGCUUAGUACAAAAAUCACAGAAAAUGUUGAACAGCUGAAGGAAAAGAUGUCCCUUUCUGCUGAAGAACUCAAACAGAAAAUCAUUGAGAAUGCAGGAAGCCUUCCCCAGACCAUAAUGCCCUAUGCAGAUGAUUUCCGCUCCAAAAUGAAUCAGAAUAUUGAAGAUUUCCACCAGAACAUGUCUCCCUAUGUUAAUAUUGUCAACAAAAACAUCAUAGAAAAUUUAGAAGCACUGAAACAAAAACUAGUGCCAUAUACUCACAGCCUUGAUAGUGACUUCAGCUCUAUAGAGAAUGAAUUGCAGAGUAAAUUAAACUCUGUCAUAGAUGUCAUCCAGCAUUUCAACACAGAUGCACUUCAAGCAAUCAAGGCAUAAAUUAUCUAUUCAUUAACUAAGCACCUAAUUUGACAGCCACCAGCAACACAUAACUAUGGACUAUGCAUAUUCUUUUAAAACUCCAUUUAUUUAAUGAUGACAUCAUUUAUUUAUCAACAGACUGUUAUACUAGUUUAUUGUUUACAGUAAACCACAGAAUGCUGCUAUUUUAAGAGAUGAAAAGGAGACUAGUUUUACCUAUGCAUUCUGUUUCUAUCCUGUAGUAGCAUUUAAGCUAUUUCUAAAGGUGUUUUCAUAUAAAAUCUUCUGCAAGGGAAAAUACUACCUCUAGGAACCACAAUACGUUAAACCUUCUCAAAGAAUGGUAUAAAGAAGACAUCUUCUGUUAAUGAUAUCUUGCAUGUUUGAAUUGAUAAUAUUUAAUUCUAUGCCCUUUUUUAAUACACAACAUUGAAGAACCUGUAUUAGCGCAUGUGGUUAAUAAUACCUAAAUAAACAGCAA